UGUAACGCGCCCCCUCGCCAGCCCACCGCAAAUAGACUUGCAGUUUUAGGACCUCAGAAAGUACUCUGCGGAGCAGAGACUGCACAGCUUCGCGGGGGGGAAGGGGAGGCUGUCUAUUGGAGGAAAGUCAUUUAUUAUUUAUUAUUUAUUAUUUAUUAUUUAUUAUUUAUUAUUAUUUAUAAUACUCGCAAAGAAAAAAUGAACAAAUAACCGUACUGAAAGGAACUUUUAAAGCUGACGACUGAUAUCAUGUGAUCGAUUGUUUUUUUGUUUUUGAUCCUCCCAGGGGCUUGCUUUGGACUUCAGUACAGCGUUCAAGGAAUAAUGUUGGAUACGUCCAUGUUGUGGACAGUUGUGUCUGUGUCUGUGCUUGUGUCUGUGUCUGUGUCUGUGCCUGUGUCUGUGUCUGUGUGUGCAUGUAUAUGUGUAUAUAAUAUAUAUGCCUGCCUGCUUCGGCGAGUGGGUACAACUUGAAUCUCUUGGAGAGAGGCCGUGGUUCAUUCGGCGUUGUGAAAAAGACUCUUAUGUUCUAUUGACUGUUAAACUCCCAAGGUAGCAACACUGAGAGAGGUGGACUGCUGGCCAAUGGGUAACAACAUGAUGAUCCUGCAUGUGAGGAGUUUUCAAUGGUUGAAUAUACUGGGUGGGGUUGCAUCGACACACGGGUCACAUGCAUGAUACGAAGAAGCAUUUAAAAAUAUAUAUAUCAAAUCUAUGUCCAGACCCACCAGUCUGUUUUGUUUUGUCUUGUCAUCCCGUAACUUAAACUCUGAAAAGUACUAAAUGUAGAAAAACAAAAUAAAUAAAUUGCUGACAAACGAUUCGACUAGACCAGUGUCUUCUUGGGUGUCUUCAGUUUUGUAAUUCAUUGUGAUUCCCAUAUCUAUGUGACUGGGUGCUGGGAGCUCUCCACGUCCUCCCAACUGAUAAAGCGUGAAGGAUGUUUCGGGGGUCCCAUGAGGAGGAGCGUGUGUGUGUGUGUGUGUGUGUGUUUUGUCAUACUCUCUGUUGUGUUGUGUUCCUGUCGUGUGUCAUUGCAUGUGUUGCUGCAUGGCUUACUUGGCGUUGUGACUGUGAACGGUCAGUCAGACGGAUAAUGUCUUUGUCUUUUCCUGUCGAUCUGUAUUCUGUUUUGAUAUGUUUCUCCCGGCGUGCGUGCGGGAUGGGGGUGGAGGGGCCGGUGUUUGUGAAUGCCAGCUCAAAACCAAGAGCGACAAGAACUGCGGGUGUGGAUGUAUUUGCUUCUGGCGCCGCCUCCGCUGUGCCUGCCGGUGCCCUGAAGAAACCACAAGCCAAAACGGCAUGGGUUAUUCUUCUGCAUGGACUGUGGAGAGGUCUUUAUGCAGAGGGCCGUCUACCAAGCCCACCGGCGGACCCACGCUCGUGAGCGCCGGAGGGACCGCGUGGCCCGCUACGAAGGCAUGCUGGUGCCCGAUGCGGGCGGGAAAACCUUCUCCUGCGCAAUCUGCGGGAAACGCUUCUACAAUUCCAGAGGCUUCCACGGCCACCAGCGGACCCACCUCCUCAAACAGCCCAAAACAGGCCAGGAAGACAGCGGGGAGGCUGGGGCGGACAAGCCUCACAAGUGCACCGUGUGCGGGAAAGGCUACAUCUCGCUCGGCUGCCUGCUCAGCCACCAGCGUUCCCACGAGAAACCUCCCAAAUCCAUCUUCAACGGGCUGGCCCAGCUGAAGAAGAAAUCCUUCGAGUGUCCGGACUGCGGGCGGUGUUACUCGCGGGUGUCGGCCCUGGACGCCCACCGUCGUUGUCACGCCAACGUGAAGCUCUUCAAAGCCCUGGACCCGAUCAAGCAGGCGAGGGCCUGUGGGAAAGCGCACGAGUGCCCCGAGUGCGGGAAGGCCUGCCACUCCGUGGCGGGGCUCAGCUGUCACCGGAAGGUCCACAGCGUGAAUCCGGUGAAGAGAGAGGACAUGCGAGAGGAGAGCAGGAGGUCCCUGGAGUGCCUGGAGUGCGGCCGCUCCUUCGCCUCCGCGGUGGCCGUGCGGGCCCACCGGCGGGUUCACGCUUUGCGUUCUAAGUCCGACGGCGCGGUUACCCCGGCCGGUGCAGAGAAGCCCUGCGCGUGCCCAGUGUGCCAGAAGCGGUUCUGCACGCCGGCUUUCCUGGACUACCACCGCCGGCUGGCUCACGCAGACUCCAAGCCGCCCAAGUCCUUGCUCCACCAGCUGGACACGCUGCAGAAGAAGUUGUUCAAGUGUCCCGAGUGCGGGAAGCGCUUCUCCCGCGCCUCCGCUUUCCACUCCCAUCUGCGCUGCCACACGGACUACGAUUCUCACCAGGACGUCCAGGAGGGCAGCUCUUCUGCCGCUGAGGAGGAGGAGGCCGAUAAAAGUGUCUGCUUCUCUCCCAGGUCUUCCCCUCGUACGGCCAGAAGGCUUCCUGCUGCUGAAUCCCUCGGAGAAAGCGCCCAGUCCGGAAGGGGCGACUCAUUUGAGUGCCUCGACUGUAGCAUGUGUUUCGCCCGCCCCAGUGCCUUCCACGCCCAUCGCCUCUGGCACUCCCUAGCUGCUGUCGGCGGCGUCACGCCCGCCAAGCUGGAAGUGAAACCCGAAGCUGAAUUGGAAAUCGAGCUUGAGGAGGAGCCCGACCUGAAACCGAAGAGUCCGGACUGCGGAGAACGCUUUGGCCUCCCCGUCGAGCUGCGAGCUCAUCUCCUCUGUCACAGACGAGAACUAAAACCGGACAUCAAGUCAGAAAUGGAGAUCGAACCCGACCCCGAGGUGGAACCAAAGAAGAAUUCUUUCAAGUGUCCGGAGUGUGGACAGUGUUUCAGCUGUUCCAAGACCCUCCUAACCCACCGGCACUGGCACACACAGGGUUCAAUGCAGUCCUUCAUCGGGGGCAGCCCGGCGCAGUCGGAGAAGCCCUACCAGUGUGACGAGUGUGGGAAAGGCUACUGCUCAGUCAAGGCCUUCAGCAACCACCUGCGAAAACACGUGGACAGAAAGCCUUUGAAAUCCCUCUCUUACCAGCUGACUCGACUGGAGACUAACUCCUUCGAGUGUCCCGAGUGCGGGAUGUGUUUCUCCCGGGCGUCCGCGCUGCAGUCCCACAAGCAGAACCACCUGGAAUCAGGAUUUCAUUCCCGCACCUCUUCCGAGAAACCCUUCAAGUGCGCAGAGUGCGGCAGAGGCUACUGGUCACCUGGUGCGCUCGCAGUCCAUCAGAAAUCUCAACACGCCCACGCGAAACCUUCCUUGGAUCGCUGCCAGAGGAGGGAGAAGUCUGCCGCCCAUAUAAGCAGCAACACGCCCAACCAGUCUGUUGCAAGCGGGAAAGGGAACGCUAAACACUGGGGUUUGGAUCGCCACGGCCGAUUGCACCCGGAACCGAAACCUUCAGGGCACUCCGAUGUCCGCCAGGGUGCCAGCUCCCAGGAGAAGUCCGACAAGGGCUCGGAUUGCAGGAGUUGGAGCGCCAGCGGCUCUGCUCUCCAGUCCCUGUACGGCACAGAUUCCUCCAAAUCCCUCAAAGAAUGUUCUUCCACCCACUUUGACAGUGAUGUUAAACCUCCUGAUGAGCCCGACAUCAAACUGGAAAUUGAAGACUUUGCCAUCGGGAGUACUCCGUCAAAGCAGGUUGAUCCCUUCGACUGCCCCGAUUGUGGCCAGCGCUUCACCCGCCCCGGCGCAGUCUGUGCCCAUUGCCACGGGCGCACCAGAGACUACAGACACCUCAAACUGCUUGGCAGGGCCACGGAUCUGAAAACGGAAUUAAAACCGGAUGUGAAACCCGAUGUUGGACCCGACGCCGAAACAAAGAAUAUUUCUCUGGCGUGCCCAGACUGCGGCCGGCUUUUCACUCGCCCCAAUGCACUUCGAGCCCACCGCUACUGGCACACGCGAGGCUCGAGUCGUCUGGCGUUGUUUACCGGGAGCACCGACGUUAAACCGGACAUAAAACUCGAGAUCAAAACCGUUCUCAUCGCCGACAGCACCUCGUCCAAGAAGCCUUUUCCCUCGGAGUGCCCGGUUUGUGGCAAGAGCUUUCGUAAGCUUGCUGGGCUCCGAUCCCACAUGCAUUGGCACAGACGGCCCUCAAAGCACCACUUAACAACAUUAUCGCACGAGGGAGGCCUGGCCCCGAGCGAGAAGCCCUACCGGUGUGACGAGUGUGGGAAAGGCUGCGGCUCUAUCAAGGCCUUUCACAACCACCAGAGGAAACACAGAAAGCCUUUGAAAUCCCUCUCUUACCAGCUGGCUCGGCUGGAGAGGAACUCCUUCGAGUGUCCCGAGUGCGGGAUGCGUUUCUCCCGGGCGUCCGCGCUGCAAUCCCACAAGCAGAGCCACCUGGACUCGUAUUCCAGGAGCUUGAAAGACAAACCUUACAGAUGCACCGAGUGCGAGAAAAGCUACUGGUCUAUGAGGUCGCUGUACACCCACAAGAAGUGUCACAUCAAAGAGGCUUUAAAAGAGGAAGGUGGCGGAGGGACCCCGGCAGAGGAGAAGCCAUCUCACAAGUGCCCUGAUUGCCAGAGAAGUUUCAGUGACCCCGCCAAGCUCGCCACCCACAGACAGGGGCCCUGUGCGGAUGAACCCUGGGAAAGAGACGCCCAGGCUGAGCUGGGAGGCGAGGACGGACCCUUGAAGAGCAGUCGGUGUGGGGAGGGUUUCCAAGACUCGAACGCUGUCUGUGGACACCAGCUACACCAACACACUGACGAGAAGACCGCUUUGCAGAAGCAACCGGAGAAGAAGUCUCUUGCGUGUCCUGAUCGCGUGAGAGUUUGUGCCGCCGCUGUGGCUCUUGGCGGCUCGCACCGGCGAAGCCACCAAGUCGGAGAAGGCUCAAACCAGAAGCCCUAUCCCUGCCCGGACUGUGAGAAAAGUUACAGCUCAGCCGGUGCGCUACACAACCACAAGAAAUCCAGCCACAAGAAACCUGGAAACUCUGUCAACUCCCGGGUGACGGCUCCUAGGUCACGGGGUCGGCGCCCCCGCCGCUUCACGAGCAAGAGCUACCGAUGCCAGGACUGUGGGAAACGCUACAGCACCCAGAGUGCGCUCUACAACCACAAGAAAUCCCACGUCUUGCCUUCCGUCCCCGGCCUGCAGAACAACGUGCCCUCCGGGAGAGGUGCUGAACCAAGGAAAUGCCAGCAAUGCGGGAAGUCGUUCACUACAGGCUCCUUGCUGAACGCUCACAGGAAGCAGGCUUGGAACAGCCCUUACUCCUGCUCGCUGUGCUGCAAGGGCUUCCCGGAGGAAGGGGAGCUCCUGCGGCACAUGCAGCGCGGGCACGAGUGCAGGGUGUGCGGGAUGCUGUUUGGGGCGCUGGCCGAGCUCCGCCUUCACCUGGAGACCCACCCGGGCGCCCGGCCCUUCCGGUGCCUGACCUGCGGGCUCGCGUUUUCCCAUCUGAAGAACCUGACCAGGCACCAGAAGAAUCGCAGUCACCAAGGAGUGAUCAGGGAAGGGAAACCGACGGAGGCUCCGAAGCACCACACGUGCUCACAGUGCGGCAAGACGUUCCGGUUUCUCUCCGACGUCAAACGGCAUCAACCCACCCACACCGGAGAGAAGCAACGGUGCCAGCUGUACCCGAAGGCAUACUCGCUGCCCCAAGCACUGAGGCCGCAUCAGCAGACCCUUCGUAGAGGAGAUGGGACCCAGCAGUCGUCACCAUUGCCGGAGGAGGAGGAGCCGCUGCUGCUGGGCUGCAUCGAGUGCGGGCAGAAAUUCAGCCAGGAGUUGGAACUGCACCAGCACUACAUAGAGCACGCCCGGGGAGACUUCUGAAAGGGUUUGCAGCUAGAUAACACUACAGACAGCUCACUAAGAGGGAGAACAGUGACCCCCCCCCUCCCCCCCCACACACACACGCUCCUUAUCCUAUCUUGUUUGACUGCUUCCUAUAAACUGACCUGCCUGCGCCAGUGGCCCAUAUAACCCUGAAAGAAGUUGCUGUGGGGUUAAAAAAAAACAAAAAAAACACAUGCUCGGCAUGUCGUAGUCUUAAGAUGAGGGGGCGGGGUGGGGCAGCAGGGCGAGUCACUAGCCUCUUAACCUGCUCGGAUCGCAAGCACAGUUUGGUUUGGCUUGUCUCGGCUUGAACAGCCUCGCAGUUUAACUUGUUGUAAAUCAAAUCACGUUGACAAGCAAACACUGCAUGAUUCGGCAGCAUUGCCAGUCUCUGCUUGAGAGAGGGAGGGGUCUGGGACCGAAUGGCAGGGAGGGAGGGGUGUUCUAAGUCCCUUGUUGUAGGUCUGGGAGACGAGGCUGUCACAGAGCACACCUCAGGACCACUAUAUAUAUAAAAAAAAAAAAAAAUUGUAAAGACGUAGAUUUGAACUUGGGACUGGGAAAACUCAUUUUCAGAUAGAUAGAUAUUUUUUGUUUUUACUGUUUUCUUGUUGGCUGUGCUCGACGGUCUCUGAAACCACGACGGAAACACAUGCUAAGAUUUCCAGCUUCAUGACCGUAAAUCCUAAAAAUAAAAUCAGAAACACACUAAAGAAACUCCCAGGGACAGCAGAACAAAGCUGCCUGUCUGAGCCCGGGACGGAAAGACCGCGGAGCCUGACGCAACAUUGUGCUUUUUAUUUUAUUAUUUAUUUUUGUUGUUGUUGAAAUUGCAUUUCAAAGCCGUUUUCAACGCCUUUCUGAAAGGGAAGUUGACGAGGUCAAACUGUGUGAGGAGCUGUAAUGCUGUCUGGCUCCAAUGCUGGCCUGACUGUCGCUCCCCAAUUAUUACAAUUCGCAUUCGAUGUGCACCCACUUUUUUAAACAGCACUUUUUUUUGGGGGGUGGGGGGUUGUGUUGCUGAAUUGGGAAUCUCUCUGUCUUGCAAACCUGAUCUAGACCGUUCUACACAAGACAUCUUAAUCUGUGUCAUCUAGACUAGGGCUUCCCCACCCCGGUCCUGGGGGGGACCCACUGUGCGUCUGCUGGUUUUCAUUCCAACUGAGCUCUCAAUUACUGAACUAAACCCUUCAGCUCUUAAACAGCUGCAGCUUUCAAGUUAGCUGUAACAUUUUAUAAGAGACUUGAAAUCUGCAACUGUUUUAGACCUAAAAAAAAGGUCUAAUUAAGCAAAUUAUUAGUUCAAUCCAGGGUCUAGUUCAGUAAUUGAGAGCUCAGCUGGAAUGAAAACCCAGAAGACGCAGGGGGUCCCCAGAAGCGGGGUGGGGAGCCACUGAUCUCCACCAUUCUACCAAUUACACAGAAGGAAGGUGAGAAAACGAGUCUACAGUUGUGAUGCCAACUUUUUCUUUUUAUUUGUUUUUUAUUUGGACACUUCAGUAAAGCACAAUCUGCAUUUUCUCAGAAGGCUCUUGUCCGUUUCGCUUGUCCACAAGCACGCAUUGGGAUUUGGUACAGAAUAUGCAAGUACUUGCAACGUUGCAUUGUGAUAUACAUUUGCGCCACCUGGUGGAAAUACAGAGCUAUAGACGUAAGCACUUGGUAUUGCUUUGAUCAAUAAUUAUUUAAUUUUGUUUGUUUGUUUGCUUGGGGUUUAAUUAAGCUGACAUUUAAUUAUUUUAAACAGCGUUUUAUAACGUUAAAAAAACAAAAAACAACUACAAAUAAUACUGAGUAAUAAGCUGGGACUUUAACUUGUAAAUGUAAUUGUGAGUUCCACUGUGGCCGGCUCUCAGCCUUGUAAUCACAGAAAUAUACAUGUGUACAUACAUGCUGUGUGUAGAGAGACCACUGGAUACAGGGAACUAUGAAAAGGCUAGUUUUGUAUCUGAAAAAAUAAAUAAAUCAAUAAACACAGGUGUGCGUGGUGUCCUGUACAUUGUGUGUAGCGAUUUGGUUCUUUUGUUUUUCAGCCUCUGGUUUUAUUGUCACGUUUACACUAUAAAGCCUGUUGGUUUUUUAUUGUGACUGAUGGAGUACGUGUUUGAUUUCCUGUCUGUUGCAUUACAGUUCAAUAAACCUCCUUCAGCUGA